AAGCUGGCAGUUAUAAAAAAAGUAAAGACCACCUCAUCUAAAUUUAUAACGAGUUUGAGAAAGUAAUAUACAAUUGUUAUUAAGUCUGGUGGAACCAUUAACAUUAUUUUAAAAUGGAAAUAACAUAUUUUGGACUUAUAUUUGUAACUUUUCUGGUAUCUACGAACUGUAUUAUGUGGAAUUUGGAGCCCAAUACAAGAAAGUGUUUACGAGAGGAACUUCAACAAAAUAUCCCUGUAAUAGGAGAAUUUGAAGUGUCUGAGGCCCCUGGACAAACGGUGGAUUAUGUUGUAACAGAUUCUAAAGGCGAAAUAUUGGCAAAGAGACAAGCAAUUUCAAAAGGAAAGUUCUCAUUUAAUACCGAAAGCUUUGAUACUUAUGAAAUUUGCUUCAUAUCACAAGUUCCACAACAUAUCAGAGGUGUUUCACAAGAAGUUUCAUUAAUUACAAAGCAUGGAAUAGAAACAAAAAAUUAUGAAGCAUAUGGGGAGGCUGCUCAAUUAAAACCAAUUGAGAGGGAGUUGAAAAAGUUAGAAGAUCUCUCUGAAUCAAUAGUACAAGAUUUUGCCAUCAUGAGGAAAAGGGAAGAAGAGAUGAGAGAUACAAAUGGUAGUUAUAUUAAAUUAUUUCUUAUUCAGUUUCUUAUCUAUUCUUGUAUUUCAGAAUCCACUAACAGCCGGGUGUUAUACUUCUCCAUAUUUUCAUUGUGCUGUCUGUUAGGUCUGGCUACUUGGCAAGUUUUGUACUUGAGAACAUAUUUUAAAGCAAAGAAACUCAUUGAAUAAUUAGAAAUUGAGAAAAUUGUGCAAAAUUUUUAUUUUUGUAAUAAAACAUUUCUGUAAAAAUAUUCAGACAAUUGUAUUGUGCUAUUUAUACGUGUACAUCUUGAUCUGUUUGUAUGAAAGAAGUUGUUAAUAAAAUUUGAGAAAAGA